CAAGAAGAUUCAAAGAGCGCGCGCGCGGAUGUGACGGCGCUCUUGCUAUGCUUAAGCGAUUUAAAAAAAACACCAAGUUCAGAAGUGCGUAUGGUGUUACCAUCGCGGAAUUACCGGAUCCAGUGCAGAAUAAAGCUAUAAAUUAAAGUAUGAUUGGUGAUAAAACGUCGACUUGUAUAAUCGUAUUGAAAUCAAUGUGCAUUUUAAUGCAGACUGAAAAUGUCUUAUCAACAGGUUUUACACAUCCAUACGAGAACGCAUAACAAAAGGACAUACAAAGACACGUAGUUUUCAGAUUUGAAUAAUUAUGGAUCGGGCUAGCAUUUAUUUUUUGGAUGAAGGCGAACUAAAUACUUAUGACUACGACGAAACAUUGCCAGCAUUACCCCUACCAGACCUACACGAUACACUAAAACGCUACUAUGAAUCGUUAAAGCCAUUUGGCUCACAUAAAGAAUUGAGUAAUUCGAAAGAAAUUAUCAAGAAAUUUGAAUCUGGAGUCGGUGCUCAAUUGCAUGAAAAAUUAAAAGAAUUAGCUGCAAUCAAGAAGAAUUGGUUAAAUGAAUGGUGGGAUAAAUAUGCAUACCAUAUGUUGAGACUACCACUACAUCCCUACAUCGUAAUGGGAAUGCCAGUAAAAUUUGAAGUCAUCAAUAUUCCAGAAACGCCGGCUCAUUUGCUUAAGAAUUUAUCACGUAUGAUAUAUCAUACAUUGGAGUUUUGGGAAUUGGCCCACAAGGCUACAAUGAAACCACUUUCUUCUAACGGCGGCAAAACUAAAUAUUCAUCAGCAUUGUACAAGAGAUUCUUCUCAACAACACGAGUUCCUGGCGUGGAAUUUGAUUAUAUUAAAAGUUACUUUAAGACAGUUAAGGAUGGUGCAACGCCUUCGCAUGCCAUUAUUUCUGGUAAAGGGCGAAUUUUUGUUUUUGAUUGCCUACAUACUGAUGGGACGAUUAUAACCCAGCAAGAAAUACGCAAUGUAUUGCAACGCAUUCGUUGUACUUUAGAUUAUGAGCCAAUGGGAGAUUGUGUACCUGUUCUUACCCAUGACGAUCGUACUACUUGGGCAAAUAAUUAUAUGCAUCUUCAAGAAAUCUCGGCAAAGAAUAUUGAAACACUCAUAACAAUAGAAAGUUCUUCAAUCUUUGUAGCAUUCGACGAGAAUGAGCCACAAACCUAUGAAGAAAUUUCGCUUAUUUGUGUAAGUGGCGAUUAUCAUUCAAAGUGGGGAGAUCGAAGUAGCACAAUUAUUGCCUAUAAAAAUGGCCGAUUUGCCUGCAUUGGAGAGCAUUCAGCGUAUGAUGGCAGCAUUAGUGUGAGCUAUGCACUUUUUGUGCAGCUUAGCAUGUAUGAAGUUCCCGAGCCAGACUGGGAUUCUCAGGAAGUCAUCGCGAUCGUUCCCCUGAAGGAAUUAAAGUUCGAAUUGGAUGAAAAUCUGAGGGUAGAAAUUAAACGAGCAAUGGUGGACUGUGACCGAAGAAGAAAUGACAUUAUCAUUACACAUGACUGCUUCAAGGGAUACGGAAAAGAGGUUAUAAAAAAGUGGAACCUACAUCCCGACUCUUUCAUUCAAGUUGUCAUGCAGUUAGCAUAUGCAAAACUGCACAACGAGAUUGCUUCUACAUAUGAGACAGCCCUUAUGCGUCAUUACUACAACGGUCGUACGGAAACUUUACGCUCUUGCACCACUGAAGUACAUAAGUUUAUUCAAGUUGCAAACAAUUCAAAAUCUUCAAAUUCAGAAAUAUGUUCUGCCUUUCGAAAUGCCGUUAAUCAUCACAAUCACAUGAUGAAUGAGACGCGCGAAGGAAAUGGAGUGGACAGACAUUUAUUUGGAUUGUGGUGUAUAGCUUACGAAAAUGGAAGGGGUAUACCAGAAUUCUAUGAGGAUCCAUUGUACAUAAAAAGCGGAGGCGCAGGAAACUUUAUUCUUUCUACAAGUACGUUAGGAUAUUCCACUAAUGUGGGAUUUGUGGCUCCAAUGACCUUAGAUGGAUAUGGUGUUUUCUACACCAUUACCUCAGACAACAUUUAUAUUCAAAUCUCAGCAUUUCGUGAUAGCUCCAAAACAAGUCCGCAUAAAUUUAAUGAAACAUUUAAGCAAGAAUUUUCUACAAUCAAAGCUGUUUUACAAAAUGCAUAUGAUUCCAAGUUGUGA